AUGACCCUUAGCUCGGAGAUGUCCGAGGCGUCGACUCUGGCUGAGGAGACCGACAUUGAUGUGGUGGGUGAGGAGGACGACGAGGAGGAGGACGAGGAGCCACAGACCCGCCGCCGCCGCCGCUCCUACGCCGAGGACGAGGAGGAGGACGAGGACGACGACGAGGAGGAGGACGAGGAGGAUGUGGGCGACCUCCACGCCGCCGCCCUGCUGCCGCGGUCGCCUGUGCGCGGUGGAGGCGUAGGUGGCGGCGGCGGCGGGGCGGGCGGCGGGGACGCUGCCGGUGGCUCUCGGCCCCCCUCGCGGGGUGGCCCGCAGAAGGCGACGGCGGGCGGCGGUGGGGCGGGCGGCGGCGGCGGGGCGGGCAGCGGCGGCGGCAAGAACAGCUUGGUGAAGCCGCCCUACUCAUACAUCGCUCUCAUCACCAUGGCCAUCCUGCAGAGCCCCAAGAAGAGGCUGACGCUGAGUGAGAUCUGCGAGUUCAUCAGCGGGCGCUUCCCCUACUACCGGGAGAAGUUCCCUGCGUGGCAGAACAGUAUCCGCCACAACCUCUCCCUCAACGACUGCUUCGUCAAGAUCCCCCGGGAGCCCGGCAAUCCUGGCAAGGGCAACUACUGGACGCUGGACCCCGAGUCCGCCGACAUGUUCGACAACGGGAGCUUCCUGCGCCGCCGAAAGCGCUUCAAGCGGCAGCAGCUCCCGGCGCCUGAGCUUCUUCUGCGCGCCGUGGACCCAGCCGCCUUCCUCCCGCAGCCUCCGCCGCAGCCCCCGCAGCAGCCACCCUGCGCCUACGGACCCUACGGCUGCGGCUACGGUCUCCAGAUCCAGCCUUACCACCCCCACUCCGCCCUCUUCGCCUUCCACCAUCCCUCUCCGCCGCCCCGCCAGCCCCCUGCCGCCCCCGGCAGCGCCCCCGGUGCGGCGCUGCCCCCCGCCGCAGCCGGGCCGCCGGGCCCCUUGCUGCCGGCGGCGGAGCUGGCACGGACGCCCUUCGGCUACGCGCACCCGCUGGGCCCGGCGCUGGCCGCCUCGCUGCACUCCGCCAAGCCCGGCAGCGGCGCGGCACUGGCCCGCUCGCCCUUCUCCAUCGAGAGCAUCAUCGGGGGAAGCCCCGGCCCCGGCGCGGGCAGCAGCUGCGCCUCGCAGUCGACCGCGGCGCCGGGGCUGGCCCGCUCGCUGGGGAGCGCCGGGAGCGGCCUGCCCCCCGCCGCCGCCCUGCCCGCCACUCCCGGCUUCGCGGCACGGAUCUCUAACUGUUAA